UUAUAUAUCCCAACAAAUCAAAACCAAGGUCAAGGGGACAAGGCUCCAGCUAUGGCUAUGAAUGCCUUAUACGCAAAACGAGUAGCUCUACUGCUUCUGAUUCUGGUACUUGAUCAUCUUCUUCAAGCAAACUCUGCUUCAUUAAUUGAACCAGAUCCAGAAUUUUCUACAGGAACUGUAGUUUCUGGUAGGAGGAAGCUUAGAAAGCUGCCACCACCACCGGCACCUAAGUUAAGUGGAGCUCCGCAUUAUAUGUUCUCUGAUCCACCUCCGCCACCAUCAACGACACAGAUGCGGAGCACAGCUCCAAAUUUACGCACGGUACCCAAGAGGGCACCUCCGGCACCAAAGCUAAGUCGACCUCGGAAUUUCCGUAUUUUUCUUUCACCGCCACCACCGCCACCACCGCCGCCGCCGCCGGCGGUGCAAGGACGAACUUCGAACUGUAAAAUCGCUCCACCACCGCCUGCCUGACUGCGUCAUCUGCACCGCGUUUCCUUUUGAAGAAAAUAAUUUUUAUUUUGGAAACAUAUUUUCAGAUUUUACCAUUUAAAAAUCUGUAUUAUAAUAAGUUUAUAGAAUACUAGUUAUUAAAUAAGAGGUUCUGCUAGAAAAUCAUUUUUUUUUUCAAGUAAUCGUGUUUUUUAAUUAGAAACGUGUAAAAUGUAAUAUCAUUGAAGGUUUGUCUUAAAAAUUUCUAUUUAUAA